GGUACCCAAAGCGGCGACGAUGUCCAACCCAACUUUAUUCAUCUUCAUCUUUACGAUUUGCAUCGGAGUUUCCCACCAGGCGCCUGUUGAUGUGAGUGAAAAUGGAGAGGUGGCGCCCAUGACAAUGACAUACUUCAACAAUAGCUUGGGGACCUUCAUCGAGCACAGGGGACGCGCGUCCGUCAUCAUGUCAGAAUGGACCAUCGUGGUCUAUUACAGUUUGGUGCCCCUCAUUUCGGAGAUUUGGACAUUUAAUAGCACCUACAAACUUCUAAUGAAGAAUUGCGACAAAAACCCCAAGGAGUUCUGUCCAAGAUCAUUGCAGUCUGAUCUAAAUGAGAUGGAGGUGGCCAGCCUUUAUCGUGGUCUGAGUAGAGAACCAGACUCAGAGUACGUUAAGUACACCGGCUCUAUCAUCUCAAGAAUUCAGGACAACGGGGUGGACUUCAGAGACUUGCUUUCGAAUCGAACCUCAGUCAUCGACAGCACUUUCAACGUGAUAAGAGAAAACGUUUUUAACAGCAAUGAGAUCAGUUCUUUAUAUUUUGGGGAACAGGCAGACCAGCUUCGUGCUCUGGCUGGCCGGAUAAAGCAGACCCAGGAUGCCAUACGCGAUGCAGUAUUUACUGCCCUACAUGGCAAGGUCCACCCGAUGAUCCUUUCAAACAAACAGCUGGAGCAUGAGCAGACCGUCAUCCUGGGCCAUCUUCCACAGGACCGUCGGCUACCAUUUAACAGUCUUACACUCUCUGAUUUCUAUCAAGUUGCCACCACUAGCCACAUUCAGCAGCUCGAACAGCACCUGUUGUUCUACAUCAAGGUGCCACUGGUCGACGUUGAGCAGUUCGAUGUCUACCGUCUCACGCCCAUCCCAAGGCUAGAUGUAGGCGGCAUUCAGCUGAUGUAUACAGAGACGUCGAACCUGGCCAUUAGUGACCACCUGGACAGAUACUUCGCCCUGCAGGACGUUGAGAUGGACAGCUGCCUGCAGCUUCACCCCGAAAGAUACCUAUGCAAGCCCCAUCAAAUCACCUUUGGCCCAGACUCUGGAACACUGCCCUGCACACUGGCGGCCUUCCGGAAUCGGACCUCCCAAGAGUGCAGCCCACGCCAUGUGAGCCAAAGCUCUCUUUGGAUACCGCUCGCUUCACCCAAUCGCUGGAUGGUAGCAGUCACCAAGGAGGUCUCGAUUAUGGGUGUUUGUUCGGAUGAGCGGCAGCAGCUACGGAUCAACGGCAGCGGUAUCUUAACUAUUCGGAGCGACUGCAUCGUGCGAAGUACAUUUGUGACACUCCAAGGGAUGCAAGGCGCAACUGCAAGGCAGGCCUAUGCUUCUCUGACACCCAUAGCACUGGAUGCCUCCAGGUCUUUGGAUGACGCACAGAAGCAACACCAACUGGAGAUUGAGGAGGGCUCAUCCGUGGCCAUCAUUGUUGCCGGCACUCUCGUGAUGAUCAUUGUAUCCAUUUCCCUGGGCUGGUUCUACGUUUUUUGCUACCAGCGUAGAGCCCGUGCACAGCAGGUACAGAGACCAGUGGAGGACCAUCGGAUAAAGACCAAGAAUGAAGGGAGCUCCAACGAUCAUCCUCUGCUGGAGAGGAACAAUGUGGAGUGAGUUUUGGUUUCCAAUAUAAUACAGGUUUAUUUUUAUGGUUUUAAUUGCAAUAAAUAUUAGUUACUCUCUCAUCCA